AGCUUACCAAUGUUAUUUAUUUCUAGUUUAAUAUUUUUCAAAAAAGAUUACUGAAUACUAACCUGAAAUAACUUGUGAAAUCGACAUGUGCGCAAUAUUAUAAACGCUAUCUUAUUGAUUAUUUACAUUUUGACAUUUUAUUAAAAAUGCAAACGCAAUCGAUUCAUCCGAAAUAAGAAUCUAAUUAAAUAAUUUGUAAAUAAAGAUAUAGUAAUAAAUAAACAGAUUUCCGAAGACUAAAGUUUCUUUGUCAUAUUGGUAUUGUUGAAUAAUAGAAAUUUAAUGCAUGUAUGCCAAUUUGAAAUAGUCAUUCACUUAUAUAUUUUAAUUAAUUCGAUAUUUAGUUAAUAAUAAAAAUUAAUUAAUUUGUUAUAAUGAAUGAUUCGGACUCUGACGAUGACAAUGUUAUCCGGUAUGGAACUCCACUUGAACCUUUCGAAGAAGAUGAGCUGCCAUCAAAACGCAAGUUCCAACAGCCCUCUGAUCAAUAUGCAGUGGAUUCACAUGGUCGUCGAAGGUUUCAUGGUGCUUUCACAGGUGGCUUUUCAGCAGGGUUUGGGAACACAGUUGGUACACAAGAAGGCUGGACCCCAGCAAGCUUUAAAAGCUCUCGAUCAGAGAAAGCACAACUCUCUAGUCAAAAAGCAGAAGAUUUCAUGGAUGAUGAAGAUCGCAGCGAGUUUGGUAUAGCGCCUCGACAUAUGCAGACACAACAUGAGUUCUCUGGUCAGAAGAGGAAGCUGCAACAACGGUAUCAUGAUGGACCAAUACCUGGUGAACCAGUACUAGAACGGUUAUUGAAAGCAGUGCACGAGACUGCAGCUGUACGUAUGCUUCGCGCGAUGGGCUGGCGGCCUGGGCAGGGCACCGGGGAUCGGGUGACGCGCGCUGAAAAGUUACGAGCGAAGCAGCAGCAUAAAGUAUAUGGGUGUUACAUGCCGCAGGAAAUGAAACCAACCCAAGAUCCUGCAUCAGACAAUGACAGUUCAGAUUCGGAUUUCGACUAUGAAACACUGUUUGCGCCAGACGAUUAUGAACCCUAUAUAUUAAGCCAUAAGAGUGAUAAGUUUGGAUUGGGUUACUCUGGUCUCAGCCGACAUUCCGUAUUGGGCACUUUGAUGGGCGAGUACGGAAGUGACGCAAGCAGUUCUAGAAGUCAUCUCGUCAUGAAGGAGAAGGGAAAGAAGGUGUCAAUACGAGGUCAUGCCUUCGGAGUAGGGGCAUUUGAAGCCGACGACGAGGAUAUAUACGCGGCAGAGGACAUGUCUCAUUAUGACUUCACACUGGGUGCUGCUACAGAAGACAAACAAAAGAAAAAAGUGAAGGAAAUGGGUGUUAAUGUCCUGGAAGGCUACGUUAGGGCCAGCAAACCAUUGCCCCAAGUACCUUUCUACCCUCCACCGGCGUUGCCUAAGGAUUAUAAGCCGGCUGCAGCCGGAUCAAGAAGAUCGAGGUUUGAACCCAGUGAUCAACCACAAAGAGAUCAAGGUUUAGGCCGCCACGAGCUAACUGCAGAAGCUCGCGGUUCUCUAUUGGGCGAGACUCCAGUGCCUAAAGUCCCAGAUACGACCACCCAACCAAACAUGCCCCCCACAGAGGAUCCCAUAGCUAAAUUAUUGGGUAGAAACGUUAACUUCGUAUCAAAUAGUGAUGAUAAAACAGAAUUAGAUUAUAUUCCAAUAAAAGACAGUGAAAAACCAAUCAGCAAAGUGUUUAGGCCUUUUAUGAAUAAUCCAAAGAAGCAAAAGAGAUAUGAACUGUAUUUGAAAGACAGGGAUAGCUAUAUGAAGGAGGGAGAUGCAGAGAUGGACAGGUUGAGUGAAUGGGAGAGGAAUAGGGAGAUAGUGGAGUUCGAGCAAGCGGCUAAGUUGUAUAAGCCAUUGACUGGUGUUAUGAGUGAUAGGUUCACUCACGCAUCAGAGCCGGAUGAAGCCCUCAACCCUCUAUGUGCAGUGGCUAAAAGCUCAACUAAUUACGGUCUAGCCACGCCCGAGCAGAUAGACGCAGCGAAACGCGGCUUGUUUGGAGUAAUGACACGACGUGAAGUGCCUUGGAGACCCGAAUCGCUUGUAUGCAAGAGGUUUAAUAUACCGGAGCCAGGUGGAGCGAGACCCGAAGCAACGAAAGAAGAUAAACCAAAAGUGUCCUAUUCCAUAUUCUCCUAUCUCGAGUCAUCGGUCCAUGAUAAAGACAGUUUUGCCAAAGAGCAAAGUAAGUUCAGCGGAUCAAAGUCUUUAAAUACACCGAAUACUAGUAAAGAACAAGAUAAGUCAAUCAUUUUAACUGCUUCUACUGUAAAUGAAUAUAAUAAGAAAGAUAACAAAACUGCUAGUGAAAUCAAAGAAUCACAUACAGGUUUUACUAAAAGAUUAACAGUUGCAGAACUGUUUCUAAAGGAAUCCGAAAAAGACUUGAAAGACAAAGAGCAAGGUAUAGAAGUAACAGAAACUAUAGAUAAAUUCGAUAAAAUGGACCUUUAUAAGGCUAUAUUUUUAAGUGAUAGUGAAGAUGAAGUUACUUCUAAUACUGAGGAGAAUCGCGACUCUACAAAUACUAAUGAAUUUAUAGAUGUGCCUAAAAAUGUACAAAGAAAUACAUCACCGCCAAGAGGUAUCUUCGCGAAUAUAGACUUCGAUGAACUAAACUCUUGGAAAAGAAAUACUGACAAUAAACAAACAAAUGAAAAAGAAGCUGCUAGUAGUGCCAACGUAACAGAUAAUGCCAAUGUUGCCAGUAAAGAUGUAAAUAUAGAUAAUAUACAAGUCAUUGAAGAAACCUAUGGGCCUAAAAUACCUGAUAAUAUCAGAAAAAAAUUAGAAGGAGACAAUAAAAGUGAAGAUAGUAACUUAAAACCCGUUUUUAGAAGUCAGAGUGAAAGGGAUAAGGAAAUAUUGGAAAUAGAUUCCUCGUCAAGCUCUGAUUCUUGGGUAGAAGUCAAGUCAAAAAAGGAAAAAAAGAAAAAGAGCAAGAAACACAAGUCUAAACAUAAAAAAUCAAAACACAAGAAGAAAAGUCGAUCAUGAUAUUAAUGUUGUUAGGUACCAACUGUAUUAUAGUAUACUACAAC